AUGUGGACUUCCGUGUUUCUAGCUAUUAGUUCUAUCGCUCACCCGUCGUCUUCUGUUGUCUUCGUCACAACCAUAACGUCAAGUCACCAUCUUACACGACGGCCGCGGCAGUACUGCACCCUGCUCAGUUUGCUCAGACAGAUUCAGCAUCGCCACCUGCCAUUAGGGAAGAAUCAGAGCACGUUAUCAAUACAUUUGUCGUCUUUGUUGUUCAUGAUAGAUGUUGUAGAUUGUUCUUCUUGA